CGGCAAGUAUUACAUUGCAUGGGCAAUAUAACCAUAUCAGAUGGUGUCAAAUUUCGUACAACGCAAGGAAAAUACAAGUUAAAUAAGUGGCUUUUUAUAGAGAGCCUUUGCGAUAUUUGGCUUAUUUAAGAGUUUAAAAAUAAUCAUAACAUUGGAAAUUAAAAUUAAGGAAGUCAUGGCUGGAAAAAUUUGCUCUUAUUUUAGUUCUUUAUUUUUUAUCGUGUGCCUACUGAUAGAUAUAGAUGUGAAGCAAUCAGAAAGUCAGCUGAUAUAUAAUACCCAAUCCGAUAAAGAAAACUGUGAUUUACGAGAGAGAAUGAGGAAAGUCGAAGAAGAAAACAUUCGACUACGGCAGGUUAAUCAACUGAAUCGAAUCGGAAUCGUUGUGAGCUUCUCAGUCACAGCAGAGAAUGAUGAAAAACUAACAAUCAAGGGACCAAACGAGAUCAUUGUUUUCAAGAAUGUUUUGAGUAAUGUUGGAGACGGAUAUAACCCUACUACAGGAAUAUUUACAGCGCCUGUGACUGGAAAUUACGUCUUUUUCUUCGCGGUGGAAGUGCCAAAAAAUACGUAUUUCAGUAUAAAUUUGUUUGUCAAUAAUAAUUUUGUUGCAGAGGCCUUGGCAGGAAAAAUUGGGGAUUCCUUUAAUACAGGUAGCAAUAUGGUAAGCCUGUUAGUGCGAAAAAAUGAUCGUGUAUGUAUCAAGUCACAUCCAGUUAAAUCCAGAACAAUGGAUAUUCGAUACACGGCCAAUAGUUUCUCUGGUUUCUUACUUUCCUUGGCCUAGGAAACUUUUGAAAUACGGACAACCGAAGUUUUUUUCCAAAUAUU